AUGUGCCGCACUGCCUCGUGCUUCAAACUCCCAACCGCCGCUCAAGCAGGAAAAUCGCUCAACAGCCUCGGGAUCAUCGGCCGACCACAGGAACGGCAGUUCAAGCGACAGCGGCGGGCUGGCUCCGACGCGACCCGCGCGGAAUUUGCGAUGCAGCAGAUGCUCACCAGCCGCGAAAAACGCUCGAUAGAGCGGGGUUGGAGAAGGAGAGACAGAAAGCUUCGAAAGGCCUUCGAUCAACGUGGAGCCUACCUCGGCGGCCGGAUCAAAGACUUGACGGCAAACGUUGCAGCCAACGAGCAACACAUCAAGCGUCUCCAGGACGCCCUCCGGACUGGCCACCUACCCACAGCCUUCUCCUCCCCCUCCCCCUCCCUUCCGUGGAGGACGAUAAUCCGGUUGUGGCAGCAAGCGUACUCAUCGUUGGAGGUGCUGAAAGAGGAGCGGGAGCGCGACGUCAAGCAGCUGGAGCUCACGCGGAAGGCGAACGAGGUUUUGUCCGGCUGCAAGCAUGCAACGGAUGCCGCCGUGAAGGAAGCCGAUGCCGAACGGUUUGACCUGCUCAACGAGGCGUCGUUGGUUCGGCACGAGGCUUCGCUCCUGCGGAUGGCGGCAAAGGUAGCAGGUUCUAGUCCGCAGGCUUAUGCGCCAUCAACGAUCCUGAGGUGGCUCAGAGACUUUCGGAAGGAAGGUGGUUUCAGGCGGGAUGCACGGGGUGCGCACGAGCCGGACUGGAUCAUGUCAGAGGAGGAUCUGAAGAGUGCGUUGCUGGCGUGGAUGAUAUCACAACCGCGUUUCACCAUCAAGGACGUCUGCAAGUACAUCAACGGGCCUCUGCUCCAAGACGACAAGGAGGAUCUUUCCAGGCUCCAUGCGUACCAGGUGAACCUUCCGGUUUCGAUGUCCACGACGCACUCGUGGAUGAUAAGGUUGGGUUGCAGGUACGAGCGGGCCACCAAGUCGUUCUACACGGACACCCACGAGAAGAAGGAGGUAGUCGAGUACCGCGGCGAGUACAUAGAGAAGAGACGCAAGAUGGCGCUGCGUCAACCCUUGUGGGUACGAGUGCAACGAGCCGCUCUCAAGCAGGAGGAGGUGGACCGACUCGACAGCCUUAAGUCGCGAGGCCCGGAAGGAGAUUUCUACGCAGAGGUGUACGACUGCAAGAUCGAUGGACAAGACUGCAUCGAAUUCCACGUAGAUCUCCUGCGCGACGACGGCUCCGUCGAUAACUUCGACAAGCUCCGCGCCGCACUUGGUCCAGAGGGUGGGGACUACAGCGUUCGCUUCGAUCAGGCCGCUGCUGCCCAGUGCGAGCAUUUCCACCCCCCGAACAAGUGCAGAUGCGGCAAGAAGGUGCACCACAUCGGGCAGGACGAGAGUGCCUACAAGGCGUAUGCACGCGAGGGCAAAGAGUGGGUGAUUCGAGGGGUGCGCGGACUGCGGAAAAAGACGGAGGGGCCGGGGGAAAUGGUGUCUGGUUUUCAGGACGAAAGACACGGUUUCGGCUUACCUAUUUCGGAUGCCGACCUGGCGGCGGUGAACGCCAAACGCGAUGAGGAGGGGAACGGCAAAAAAACCCUGACGCGAAGCCCUGGACUCCGGUUUCUUGAAUACGGAAAAGGCAAGGAUGGGUACUGGGGCUACGACCAGUUCGAAGAACAGGUCGAAGACGUGAUGGACGUCUUGGAGCACAUCGAUCCCGACAUGCAAAUAGUGUUCGAGGUCGACCACUCGUCGGGCCAUGGGAAGCAGCGAGAGGAUGGUUUGCAUGUAUCGAACAUGAACGUCAAGUAUGGGGGGAAGCAAAAGGUGUUGCGGGAUUCGGUCAUGACGGAGGAGUGCUUGGGUCCGGAGGAGGCGAAAAUGUAUUUCGCCAACGGCAGGUGGAGCACGAAGUUCAGCGAGGGGGCAGUGUGUGUUGACCAGAAGCUGACGGUGGGCCAGACUCAGACUAGCACUUUCGCGGUAGGUGCGCCUCCUCCGUUUUUCGAAUGGGAUGCUCCGCGCAAAGACAAGAAGAACGCGAAGGGGAAGGUCAAGGAAGGGUACGAGGGGAAAGCGAAAGGGGUCAGGCAGUACCUGUGGGAGCGUGGGUGGUGGAAGGACGGCAUGUCAACAGGGGCGGGAGUCAGUGACGAUAUGCACGUGGAAAAGGUUCUGCAAGCCUUGCCUGACUUUAAGAAUGAGAGGACAGCCCUGCAGCACCUGGUAGAGAGUAGGGGACACAUUCUUUUGUCGUCUCCGAAGUGUCACCCGGAGGUAGCGGGGGUAGGGAUCGAGUACUCGUGGGGGUUUUCCAAGCAGAAGUUUCGGCGGAAGAUCAAUGAUGAGGUCCCGAAGCAUUUGCACGACAACAUCAAAAAGUCGCUGUGCAUAGACAAGUACUUGACAAUCGGUCGGGUGCGGCGCUUUGCCCGGCGAACACGAGACUACUGCCGGGCUUACCGCGAGAUUGCGCUUCGCGGGGUAGUCCUCAGGAACAAGGAGUUCAUCGAGAAGAUGCGCAAGAUCCAAAAGGCCCACCGCAACAUUUUGGACAUGAAAACUAGUUUUCUUGGCGACCAGUAACAACGUCGGCCGGCCGAUGGCGAGGGGGGGGGGGUUCGAGUUGUGUGUGCAUGCCUUGUUUUAUUCUGUGAGAGAAGCGGGUGUUGUGUGAGUUGCUGUAUAUAUAUUGUCGUUGUAGAUUGUAGUCGGUGGCAUGUACUUGUACAUUGGAUUUUUUUGCUGCGAGAUAAACGGGUGUGGUGGGGGUGUGUGUUAAAUGAGUCGGUUUCAAGCUGUAGUUUGCAUCAUUUUUUUCUGUUAGAUUGACCGGUGCGAGAAGUUGUGUGUGUGUGUUGUUGAGUCUGUCAGUUUGAAUGUUGUUUUUAGAUAAGCGGGUGUUUUUAACCGCUGUCAAUCAACGAACGAAAGUGUUUUUUUUAUGUACAAAGAAACGUCAACUUUUGUGCGAUUUGUGCAAAACAUUUGUCAUGCGUUUUUGGAGCGCUUACCUUCAGAUUACAACCUCUUGCAUGUAUGUGUGUCACGUCAUUACGAUCGAUAAGCACCCACACCUACCUGUCCAACCAAAGGGGUACAGUCAGCAUCUGUGCGCCUCUUGCCAUCAGGCCCUUUUCGCGCCCCUUUGCUCGCGCUGUAAGGCCUUCAUUUUCCUACACAAUUUCCGCCCCUGCACCCAGGUAUCGAGGUCAUGACGCAAUUUGCUAUUUCCGAGCCGGUUUUUACGAAUUGGAACCUGAAAUUUAG